CGACUGUCGCUCUGCCUCUUCGCCUGUACCACUACCCUUUGUCUCACCACCGUACCUCGCUGUCGUCGUAGUUGCAAUCAGCUGCAAGCCUGACAUCAUCUCGACCAGUCGCACCUGCAUUAACUGAAAACUUCGGGCCUCGACUGCUACUCGAGCCACUUCCUCACCCCACCACAACCACAACAACGAUGGCGCCUACUUCUUUUGCAUCGGCAGCUGCAGGCAGUAAUGCUAGCCCGGCACGUGCAGACUCGGGCGGAGACUGGCCUCGACGUACCAACGGUGCCACGCAAACAUUUCGGCGGACCUCACACGCAACCAGUCUCUCCGGCUCAACGACGCAUUCCGCCACGCGAGACGCGCCCGCGCCCCCGAACUCACAUGCAGGCGUCUACGUCCCACCGCACGCACAGCCGGGGCGCAAUGGCAGUGCGGCAGAGGGCCGCUACUCACGGGACCAGGUCACGCAGCUGUUCAGGACGAAGCGCGACGCGGAUGACGUCAACGAUGGGUUGUCGAGUCUGUACGUGGGCGCGUGGGAACCUCACAUCACUAACGGCACCGCUGGCGCUUCGUGGGGCCGCAAGGACGACCACGGACGGGAGGCGCAGGGCGGGGUCGGGGCCGAUCAGUGCUGGGACCGCGACGGCGAGACGCUGCCCCUCAGUCUGUCGGAUAUGAACGACGAGGAGAGGGAGGUAUUUCUCUCGUCUGUGAACUCGCCGCUGAAACCACCCGUCCAAAAUACGAACAAGGACGGCACGCCCAAGGAAGACCUCUCCCUACGCAAAACUUCCAUAUCACAGGGCCCGGGCACCCCCUACGGCCUAUCGUCGCCAACCAGCGCACGGCCGGGCAACCGUCGCCGCGAGACCAGUGACGCCUACCCCUUCCCCGCCUCGCCUGCCACUUCCCGAUUCGCCCGCGAGGAGUCUGGCGCAAUGACACCGCCACCUGCUCUGACACGUCGUCGGACGGAUUACAAAGAGCAGGCGCCGGGCGCGACUGGUGCGACCGGCGAGGAGCGUGACAAGGACAAAAAUGGAGGUGAGAAUGGCAACCAGUUCGGAACAUUGAAGCGCACCACGACCGCCCCCUUCAGUGCCGGCGCUGCAGCCUCGCCGUGGUCUGCAUCUCCGUCGGGUGGGUUCUCUCCCAUGGGCGCGUUUGGCAGCUUCGCCAACCCGCAGUCUGAAAAGAAGCCCGGGUUUGGCAGUGUGCGUGGCGAGAGCAGGUUCAAGGGACUGAUGGGAAAGACCAGCACUGAGGACCUGGACAAGGCAGCGAGGGAGAAGCCGUCGAUGGGCAAUCUGGGCAAGCUCAGUGAAGCAGAACCCACCAAGCAAAGUAUCUCGUGGAUGGAAGCUCGCUCGAACCGACCAAUGAGCAACGACACAGAUCCGUUCCCCGACGACCACUUCCAGACGGGCAGUGCAGCUCUCCAUGGCGAAGAUGUCAGUCCUCCACGAUCCCAUGGCCUGGGCGCUUUCGGCACGCCACAUCGCCCAGAUGCGCGCGAUGAGAACGGUUUCUCUGCAUUUGGCAUGACCGCCGAUAACACUGGCCUUCGCGACGCCUUCCAGAGCCGGGAUCACUUUGCGCACCAUACGCCCCACCGCGGAGGUGAAGGAGGACACGAGCCUAUGAGCCCUACAGACACUAAUCCGUACCGCAGCCCAGAUCAGACCCGAGACGGACACGGCGACAAUGAUUCGGAGGGAUCGGACAUUCAAAAUAACCAUUACCCCGGCAUGGGUAGUUUCCAGGUCGACACUUCUGUCCCAAACCUCCACAAUGCCUUUGGUGGACUUGGAGGACUGGGCAGGAUUCCUGCAGCAUUCGAAGUUGCUGCAAGCGAUCGCAGUCAAACAUCCAGCGUCGGACCUUCGCGAGCAUUUCCCACUCUUCCAGGACUCGGCGGUCUACCUGGCCUAGGGGGUGCCGCGGCUUGGUCAUUGGGUCCGCAGACGUUGGGUACCCCGGUGCGCGAGCGCGGUCUGGGAGGCUUCGACAGUGCUUUUGGAAAUGUUGGCGAGGCUCAGUCGCCCUCACUAGCCGGCUUGGGUGGCGGCUCCAUGUUCGGACACGGCUCGAUGGGUCGUUCCAGCAAACUUGGUUCCUUGUUCCCCACGGCCAUGCAGGAGCAGAUGCGAUCGAAUGAGCAACACCGAAUCUCAGACGAAAAUUCGUCGCAUGGUGAUCGUCAACAGAGCAUGACUGGCACCUUCGGCAGAGGCGCCUUUGGUGGCCAUGGCCCCGGCAGCGCAAUUCCUGCCCGUGACACCGAUAGCCCCUUCCGUGCGAACCGCAAUUUGUUCGACGACUUCUCCAGUGCGUCGGCGCAAGACCAUGGCGAUUCCGCGUUUGGACAGGCGUCUGGACCGGCUACUACUUCGCUCUCCAUGGCUGCCCUCAACCAAACCAGGACUGCUCGCCCGACGACGCCUGGUGUAAGCAGCCCAGCUUCAAGUCAGCCCCCGCCAGCUCAACAACGUACUAUGGUCAUGCCUGAUAGAAUGAGGUGGAUUUACCGUGAUCCCUCGGGUAACACUCAGGGUCCAUUUUCUGGUCUGGAGAUGCACGAUUGGUACAAGGCUGGCUUCUUCUCCCCCGAGCUUCUGGUCAAGAAGAUGGAAGAGCCCGACUAUGAGCCGCUCGCUCAGCUCAUUCGUCGCAUCGGCAACUCACGCGAACCUUUCCUCGUACCCCAGAUUGGCAUCCCGCACGGACCGGUUACCGCAGCGCCAGGCAACGUAUGGGCAGGCGCGGGUGCUCCCACAACAGGUGCUCAACCUCCUUUUGCUAAUAGCUUCCCGAGCUUUGGCACCACUUUGACCGCCGAACAACAAAACGCCCUCGAACGUAGAAAGCAAGAGGAGCAAUAUUUGAUGGCCCGUCAGAAGGAACACCUCGCAGCUCAGCAGCAAGCGCUCGCUAGACAUCAGAUGGGUGGUAUCAUCCCAAACCAGCUUCAACACCACUCCAGUGCCCAUAGUCUCCACAGCCAACCAAGCUACGGAAGCAUUACCUCGCCUGGUGGCUAUCAAGCAUCUCCUACGCAAGGACCUGUGCCAGGAGCACCUGUUCCUGGUCUUAUGGACAAUGCGUUUAGGUCAGGCCCCGUUCCCGGACUGGGCCCCAUUGGACCAGGUCUGGACAUGCUGGGUAAUCUGAGGGAGGACGAGGUUCCAGGUAUGAUGGACCGUCUUUCUCUCGGACGCUCUGGCCAGCAGCCCUCGUUUGGAACUACUCCCUUGACUUUUGGACAACAGCAUCCAGAGUCCAACUCGCACGCACAGCAGAUAGUUGCUAUGCUUAGCGACCGUGCCCGCUUGCAGCGUGAGCAAGCUGAGCACGACGUACAGCAGCGCUUUGGUCCUAACGAGCAGCAAGCUGCACAGGCUUCUGCCGAUCGUCUGCAGCAGUUCCAAGAUCUAAGAGUCAAUACGGAUCUAGAGCAGACGUCCAGGGCUGCUCCGCCACCGGAAGGAGUCAUCGGAAAGCCUUCCGUGCCGGCAGAGGAGCAUCACCCUGAGUCCGACUCGCCUGAGCUUGCAAACCUGCAAGACCAAGCCUCCGAGCCAAAAUCAGAAGCCCCUCUUGCCAACAAUGAGACCCUGUCGCUUACUGAGCAGGUCCAAAAGGCAGCUUCAGCUAAACAAACACCUCAACCUCUGUCGGCGUGGAACAAAGUAGAGCCUGCCAUUUUUCCAUUUCCUCCACCUGCCCCCUCUCAGUCUCCCCUUCCCGCUCCUGCUGCGCAGAGGAAGCCAAUCGUUGCCGAAUCGCUUACGACUGAGACCCGGUCAGGUGCUGUAUCUCCUUCUGCUGACACGCCCGCUUCGAUUGCACCCUGGGCUAAGGAACCUGCCGAGGCUUCCCGAGGACCCUCUCUACGGGAGAUUCAGGAAGCAGAAGCAAAGAAGGCUGCCGAACGUGAGGCUGUUGCAGCGGCUGCCCGUCGUGAGGCUUUCGAGAAGGAACUACUUGCUCAGACUCACUCUCCUGCCGUGCAGCCUGGCCUACCAUCAAGUUCGACCUGGGCAAGCGGUGCUUCCCCUGCUACUCCGGUCUCAGCUAGUGCAUCGGUCUGGGCCAAACCUGCUCCUGGGAAAACCCCUGCACAGCAAGCCGCCAACUCGAAGAAGACGCUCCAGCAGAUUCAGAAGGAAGAAGAGGCACGGAAACAACGUGUUGUCGCUCAGGCCACCGCCGCAGCUAGUGCCCUCGGUGCUGCCGUUCAAGCCGCAUCUGGCGGUAAGCGAUACGCUGAUCUGGCUAGCAAGACUGGUCCCAUUCAAGCCAUCAUCCCCGGUAGUAGCGCCUGGACUACUGUUGGUGCCAGUGGAAAGUCGAAGGCCCCUGUCACCGCGACCCCUACGCCAGUCGCGGUUCGUUCACCCAGCACAACUAUCGUUCCACCUGUAGUGAAGAAACCUACUGUAACUCGCAGUACAACUCUGGGAGGACAGCCCGGCAAGGUGAAUGCCGAGGAAGAGUUCCGCAAAUGGGCUAUCAACGAACUCCGAUCGGAUCUCAACAAAAGCAUCAACGCCGAAGACUUUGUCUCUUCCCUCCUCAGCUUCCCCGCCGACGCCGAACUCAUCACCGAAUCUGUACACUCGGCAUCCAACACGCUCGACUCGCGCCACUUUGCCGAAGAAUUCCUCCGUCGCCGCAAACUAGCCGAUAAGGGCAUCUUCGACGAGCGCAACACGUCCAGCCCCGCUGAGAACAAGUCCGGCGCCAGCGGCUGGUCUGAAGUCGCUAAGAAGGGCAACCCGAGCACUCAGGUCCAACAGCAGCAGCAGCAACAGCAGCAGAAUACGCUCGACUCGAGUAACUUCAAGGUCGUGGCUGCGAAGAAGAAGAGUAAGCGGUAGAUGAGGAUGGAUAGGAGAUGGAUGUAGUGUCAUUGGCAUAUCGAUGGCUGUGUUUGGGUGCAAUGUCACGCGUUGUUAUACGUGUGUGUCUGCUCGUCAAGUUCCUUGUGGGUAGGUGGGUCGCGAGAAUCUGAGGGAUUUGUACGAUGCUAGUGUAGAUCAGACGGACGGAGACGAUGAUUAUGACGAAGACGAUGAUGACAUGGUGUACAACGACGAUAUGGAAUGAGACUCGGAAUGACGUGUUUGUGUUUUGCUUUUGCGCUUGCGCUUGCUUUGGUGGGGUUGUGAGGGGCUUAUGCGUGGUAUGCGGUAUGAAGGAUUGAAGAAGGGGGUGGUUGUGAAUGGGGGGCAAGACAUUCGAUUGAGCAAGACACGUACUGUGUAGUAGUAGCC